CAGGACGCCGAGGUGCUGGGGCUGAAGAUGGCGCUGCUGGACAGCUUCUGGGGCACCGACCGCGGCCUGGCCGCUAGCAGCGACUCCCGCGCAGAGAUCAACGAGCUGAUCACGAAGGCAGGCCGCUGCCGCAGCCUGGAGGCGCUCAACCCCACCCCCGAGCCCAACGAGGCGCGGCAGGCGCUGGGCGGCACCUGGCGCCUGGCCUACACCUCCAACUCCGAGCUGGUUGCGCUGCUGGCGCUGGCGCGGCUGCCGCUGGUGCGCGUGGGCGAGAUCACGCAGAGCAUCGACCCGAUGGGGCAGACGGUGGAGAACCGGGUGGAGCUGGAGGCGCCGCUGAGCAAGACGUCGCUGAGCGCGACCGCCACGUUUGAGGUGCGCAGCUCCAAGCUGCUGCAAGUCAGCUUCGAGGAGGGGCGGGUGGCCACGCCUCAGCUGCUGGCCGACCUGCAGCUGCCCGCCAGCCUGGACCUGCUGGGCCAGCAGAUCGACCUGGCGCCGCUGCAGGGUCCGCUGCGCUCCGCGCUGGGCACGCUGGGCGGCCUGCUGAGCCAGGUGCCAGACCUGCGCAUCCCGGUGCGCAACGUGCAGGCCUCCUCCUGGCUGCUCAACACAUACCUAGACGACAGCCUGCGCAUCACCCGCGGCGACGGCGGCAGCGUGUUUGUGCUGGUGCGCGAC